AUGGCCUUCUUCAAGUGUUUCAAGAAAGGCACCAUUACUAUUCUUGAGGAUGAAAGUAAUAACCAGGACGAAGGUACCACAUUGCUUGUAGGUGCGCCUCUCCUAGCUUCGGAAGUAUCUGAGGGGGACAAUUAUCUUCAUAUUCCGUCUUGGUCUCAAGAUGUGUUUUGUCAACUCAGCAGCUUCAAAAAAUCCAAGUCUACAGAUAGGGACCUUCACUCCAUUGUUUUACAGUUAAAGUCCUCCCAUCAUACAGAUACUGAUUCAUUGAAGGCGUUCGAGCUUCUUAGCGAUCGAAUCAAUAAUGGAGCAGUGAAUUGGAGUUCUGCUCUCCCGACGGUUGGUGAAUCUACAAUUAUUGAGUAUUACUGGGAGUGGCUUGAAGAUGUGCUAAGUAGAAAUACUCAGGUUCUUAAGAGCACCGGUCUAUAUAAUGCGGUAUUUGCCUCAUUAUUUAGCUAUGAUUGA